AGAGUUGUCAUGUUGUCAAAAAAAUGUCAAAGUGGUUUGAAAGUUGAAAGCAACCAAAAGCAACAAUCAAACAAUAAUCGUCAUCGCAUCAAGAGUGUCUUGACUUGAAUCCAUAGUACCGGGACCGAAGAUACUCUCUUUCCAAUAGCACAACACGGUUAUUUUUCUAAUUUGUUGUUUUGAAUUUUAAUGUAAAAACGGCACCAACAAAAAAAUGAGAAUAACAAACGUAAGACGUGGAAGGAUUUUUCGCAUAGCAGGGAUUUGUGCGAUAUUACUAGUUUUGAUUUAUGCCUUGCAAAGUUGGUCUAGUGCAAACGUCGGCAUUGAUACAAGUGAAUUUAUCAACUCGGACGCUCAAAAAAGUUACUACAAAUUCCAUAGAAAUGUGUAUCCGGCACUAAACACUGAACUAGGUAACUUUGAGCCUAAGACUAGGAGAUCAGUGAGUGGUCCUGGGGAAGAAGGGAAGCCAUAUCACAUGUCUCAGGACAGGACAAAUGACAUCAGUGAGUCGGAGAGUGAAUAUGGAAUGAAUAUUGCUGCAUCAGAUGAUAUUGCCAUGAACAGAUCUAUUCCGGACACUCGGCUGGAGGAGUGUAAAUACUGGCACUAUCCCAAGGAUCUGCCGACCACAUCGGUCAUCAUCGUGUUCCACAACGAGGGUUUCUCCGUGCUGAUGAGAACUGUACACUCCGUCAUAGACCGCUCACCUCCUAAUAUACUACACGAAAUUGUAUUGGUCGAUGAUUAUUCAGAUAAAGAAAAUUUAAAAGACAAUCUCGACCAGUAUAUAAAACGAUGGAACGGUAAAGUGCGUUUGAUUCGAAACACACAGAGGGAGGGUUUGAUUCGAACUCGGUCUCGGGGGGCGCAGGAGGCGACCGGUGACGUCAUAGUUUUCUUAGACGCUCACUGCGAGGUCAACGUAAACUGGUUACCGCCUCUACUAGCUCCUAUAUACAGAGACUAUAGGAUCAUGACCGUACCAGUUAUAGACGGAAUCGAUCACAGGACUUUCGAAUACCGACCGGUAUACCAACAUGGUACAAAUUACAGAGGCAUAUUCGAAUGGGGAAUGCUCUACAAAGAGAACGAAGUCCCCGAAAGGGAAUCGAAUCUCCACAAACAUAAAUCGGAACCGUACAAGAGUCCGACACACGCGGGUGGAUUGUUCGCCAUCAAUAGAAGAUAUUUCCUUGAAAUUGGAGCAUAUGAUCCUGGUCUAUUAGUAUGGGGUGGUGAGAACUUUGAGUUGAGUUUUAAAAUUUGGCAAUGUGGCGGCAGUAUCGAAUGGGUGCCUUGUUCUCGAGUGGGACACGUGUACAGAGCGUUUAUGCCGUACUCAUUCGGAAGCCUCGCGAAGAAUCGUAAAGGUUCUCUCAUCACAAUAAACUACAAGAGAGUAAUAGAAACAUGGUUUGACGAGGAACAUAAAGAGUACUUCUACACUAGAGAACCUAUGGCUAGGUUUUUGGAUAUGGGCGAUAUUAGUGACCAACUAGCGUUAAAAGAGAGAUUGAAAUGCAAAAGUUUCAGCUGGUUCAUGGAGAAUGUGGCCUACGAUGUGUACGAUAAGUUCCCGAAGCUGCCCAAGAAUGUGCACUGGGGAAUGGUGAAGAAUAAAGCUGCUGGUGUCUGUCUCGAUACUAUGGGGAAAGCGGCCCCUGCUUAUAUAGGUACAUCGACAUGCCACGGUGCGGGCAACAACCAGCUGUUCCGACUGAACGAGGCGGGACAGCUGGGUGUGGGGGAGCGCUGUGUCGAGGCCGACAGUGACAGCCUCAAGCAGGCCAUCUGCAGGCUCGGCACCGUCGACGGACCCUGGAGCUAUGAUGAAGCACACAACCAGUUGGUACACCGGCUGCACAGCCACUGUCUGACGCUGCAGCCUCAGUCUCGCGCACUGGGCCUGGCGCCCUGCGACCCUCACAACACCUUCCAGCAGUGGACCAUCGCACACAAGAAGCCCAACUGGUGAGUCACCACUACGGGGUCUAUACCCCCCUACGUCUGCUAAGCCCCCCAUCACCUUUUAUAUGGAAUAUUUGAAUUUUGUAACGAAUUUAUUUUACUACUGUU